AUGGGGGAAGAUCACUACCAGCAGCAGCAGCAGGCUUCGGUAGUGCACUCUUUGCCUAUUAAAACUAAUUUUCGGGGUACAACGGAUGUGGAUGAAAACUUUACAAAAUACGUGAAACGCAGUGAGAAUGGGGAUCUGCACAACAACUUUCGUGGACGAACACUGAUAGGACGUGAGGUGUUAAUACCACCUUCUUAUGUUCUUAUCUGUGCAGGGUUAUUUAAACAAGAGCAGAAGUCUCCAUUCGAUGCGGCUGGACAAUCAACUUCCACAUCUUCAGCGCUCGCACAAGUAGAGGCAUCCGCAGCCGAUGUGAGCAUCACUGCCACCACGGACCGUUACUAUCUCUGGGAUCACGAUAAGCGACCAGAGCGAUCACAGGCAUUACAACAGUGGAUUGAACUUUCACAUGCUGUACAUCUUCCCACAGUAGAUAAUACACUUGGGAAGGCAUAA